AUGCCGCCGAGGGCGCCACCAAUAUUUGGUCGUGGCAAAAGCCGGGUGAACAAUUUGGUGUCUCCCACGCAGGGCGGGAGCGCUGCACAGCCGGGUGACGUAGUUUCCUCCACCUUUGCUAACGUCGACCUGCGCGUCACAAAGGCUGCCAUGGCGGAGUAUGCGAAACGCUGUGAAACCAUGUCACACGAGAAUGCUUUGCUGCGGAGUCAGCUGGAGGAGCACGAGUCGGACUCUAUCAAGGUGGUUCAGUACCUCAAGGAGAAGCUUCAGUCCGCCGUUUCGGAGGUAAUGGAACAGCGAGGCGAGAUUGAACGACUUCUCGCUGACAGUGCCGAGACGGAAGAGGGUCUGCGACACCAAUACGAACGUAUAUUAGAGGAGCGGGAUUCUCAGAUAACACAGUAUGCCACCAUUAUCCAGCGACUGCAAACAAACAUGGAGGCAGCUGCCCAGCAGGUGCAUAAGCGAGAGAUGCACCGGCUUGAACUGCAGCGGUUACAAGACGAGAUUGAGAGCAUGCGAACACGUCACGAUUGCGAGAUUGCCGCCUUGCGGUUUCAGACUGUAGACCGCAAGAUGCGGCUAGUUGCGCUGGAGGAGACGAUGCGGGAGGCGUUUAAAACGCAAGUUGAGCGGGAGUCAGAUAGGCUUUUGGAAGCAAAGUCCAAGGCGUUGCUAGAAGACCAUGAGUCGCUGCAGUACGAGCGGCUUCGGCUCACACAGGAGAUUGAGGAGCUUGUGCAGCUUACGACGGUGAAAAACUCGGAGUGCGCCGAUGUAAGGCGGAAGGGAGAGCUGCACCAACGUGCCUGCGAGGAGGCACUGCGACGCAUUGUGCUGGGCAACCGUCGAGCACGGGAGUCGGAAGCAAAAACGCAGCGUCUGGAAAGACGUGUGAAGGAGCUGACGCAGGAGAAACAGGCGAUACGUGACGAGCUUUCGCGUCGGUAUGAGGCACAGAUACAAUCCCUAGAAAAGACACUUGCGGAGACGCGGAACUCUCUGCAGUCACACCGUGUGGAGCUGCAGCGACUGCGCCAAGUUGCCUCGACCAUAAUGGGCCAGCGCUCCGAUCUUGAGAGGUUUUUUUACGUUGCACUCGAAGAUGUGCGGCGGAUGCGUUCAAAGGCGCCUCGACGGCCACUACAGACCCCGCAGUCACAGCUACCAUCGCUUCCUACCGCCGACAACAGUGGCGUCCACACUCGCCACUUACAGCAGCAGCAGCAGCAGCGACAAGAGACUCCAUCGUCCAUGGGGAUGACUGUACCGUCCUCCGUGGUGAUGAAGGGCGCGACGUUUCUUACAGAGUCGCCGAUAAGUGUUAACGCUAUGGGGUCUUCUAACUUUGCACCUUCUACGAUGGCCGUGAACACAACGCCUACGACUUCUACGAGGCCUCUUUCCGUGGUUAUGCCGUCACCGCCUUCUGGAGCGGCACUGCGGCGUCGGGGUGAGGGCGGCGCACGGCCGACACUGGAUGCCCACAGUAGCAGCAGUGCAGCUUUCAUCAGUCUCGGUGAGGGCUGUGAGGGAGUGCACCUGAGUGACUUGUCGUGGGAAGACAAGGAGAAGAUCAUCAAGGCGCUUCUCUUUUUCAUCAAUCAGACGUGUUACCAAAAGUUACCUGGAGGUCAAAUGGUGAAGAGGGAAUCGACACCUAUGGAGACUUAA